UCUGAUCCCCAUGUAUGUUUAUCUGUUCUACAACAGAAUAAAGUAUGAUCUCUCUUGCUUUUCGAGGUUCAGUAUUCCUGGUGACAUUUUGUUGCCUUCUGCUUCAUUUAGCUGAUUCAAGAACAGAUCCUUCAGAAGUAAAUGCUUUAUUGGAGAUCAAAAGGAGUCUUAUUGAUCCAAUGAGAAAUUUAAGCAGCUGGGCAAAGGGUGACCCAUGUAAUUCAAACUGGACUGGCAUAACAUGCUUCAGUAGCUCACAUGAUGAUGGUCAUUUUCACAUCCAGGAGCUACAAUUGAUGAGGCUGAAUUUAUCUGGAGAGCUGGCUCCUGAAGUUAACCAGUUAUCGUAUCUUGAAAUUCUUAAUGUGAUGUGGAACAACCUGACUGGGCGUAUUCCUUUGGAGAUAGGUCAAAUUUCUUCCUUGAGACUCCUACUGUUGAAUGGGAACAGAUUCGUGGGUAGUUUACCUCCUGAACUUGGUAAUCUUGGAAAUCUAAACAGGCUUCAAGUUGAUGAGAACAACUUAACAGGCUCAGUUCCAGUUGCAUUUGGAAACUUGACAAGCAUAAAACAUCUCCAUUUCAACAAUAACACGUUAAGUGGAGAAAUUCCGGUGGAGCUAUCCAAAUUGACCAACCUUGCUCACCUGAUAAUGGACAAUAAUAACUUGACUGGGACUUUGCCUGUAGAGUUAGCUCGAUUGCCAUCCUUGACCAUACUUCAGCUGGAUAACAACAAUUUCGACAGUUCUGAGAUUCCAGAGGCCUAUGGAACGUUUUCUAGAUUAGUAAAAUUAAGUUUAAGGAACUGUAGACUGCAAGGAUCAGUUCCUGAUUUAAGCAGGAUACAAAAUCUUAGCUAUCUAGAUCUAAGUUGGAACAAGCUCACAGGCACUAUACCAGAAUCUAAGCUUUCUGAUAACAUGACAACAAUUAAACUAUCUUAUAACAACCUCACUGGAUCUAUACCACCAAGUUUCUCGGAGUUGGGCUCUCUUCAAUUACUUUCACUUGAGAACAAUAGUUUAUCUGGUUCUGUCCCAACAGAAAUAUGGGAGAACAAGUCUUUCAAGAAUAACAAGCUCCAAUUAGAUCUCAGGAACAACAACUUCACUGAUGCAACAGGAAACCUGAGAACACCGGACAAUGUUGUCUUAUAUCUUCGUGGCAACCCAAUAUGCAAGAGUACAAGCAUCCCCAUUGUUAAACAACUCUUCGAAUAUAUCUGCGGUGCAAAAAAGCAAACAUCUACAAACUCAAAUCCACCAUGCAGUAAUGUGUCAUCAUCAUGUCCCUAUGAGAAUGUGCUAGUUUCCCCAGGCAUCUGCUUGUGUACAGCGCCUCUUUCGAUCGAUUAUAGGCUAAAGAGCCGUAGCUUCUUUUUCUUCACUCCAUAUAUCAAACACCAAUUCAUGGAGUAUCUAACCACGUCUCUCCAACUGGAAACUCAUCAACUAGCAAUUGAUAGAGUUGUUGAUGAGAACAAGCUGCGUCUAAGGAUGUACUUAAAGCUUAUUCCCAAAGGCCAAACAAUAUUUAACGUUAGCGAAGUCAUACGUAUCAGGGACAGGUUUAUGUCAUGGAGUUUUGUUCGUAAUGACUUUUUUGGACCCUAUGAGCUCUUGGACUUCCCUCUUCAAGGACCAUAUGCUGAUUUGUUACCUAGAGAGAGUGAAAUUAGUACGGUUCAAUGGGUGAUGAUAGUGGCAGGCUCUAUCGCUGCUGCCACUGUUAUUUCAGUGAGUGCAACACUUUUCUACGUUAGGAAACGUCGUGAGAACUCACAUACGACACUCACCCAAAAACGUUAUUUCCGAGCAAUACCUAGGGAAAUCGAAGGUGUGAAGAAGUUCAGUUUUGUAGAACUGUCAGAUGCAACUGAUGGUUUUGAUAGUUCUACAGUGAUUGGUAGAGGUAGCUAUGGAAAGGUCUACAAAGGCAUUUUGCCAAAUAAAACCGUAGUUGCCAUCAAACGAGGAGAAGAAACUUCUCUGCAGAGCGAGAGAGAGUUUCUGAAUGAGAUUGAUCUGCUUUCGAGGUUACAUCACCGAAACCUUGUGUCACUCCUUGGCUACUGUAGUGACAUCGGGGAACAGAUGCUGGUAUAUGAGUAUAUGCCUAAUGGUAAUGUGCGUGAUUGGCUUUCAGCUAAUGCUACGGAAACAUUGAGCUUUAGCAUGAGGUCACAAGUGGCUUUGGGUUCAGCUAAAGGGAUCCUUUACCUUCACACUGACGCAGACCCGCCUGUUAUUCACCGCGAUAUCAAAACCAGCAACAUUCUCUUGGACUCUCAGCUUCAUGCUAGAGUUGCUGAUUUUGGACUGUCACUGUUGGCUCCUACUUUUAAGGAAGGAGAUUGUGAGCAGGCCCAUGUAUCAACCGUAGUGAGAGGAACACCGGGAUAUCUGGAUCCAGAGUACUUCAUGACUCAGCAAUUGACGGUGAAGAGCGACGUGUACAGCUUUGGAGUAGUGUUGCUUGAGCUCUUGACUGGAAUGCACCCAUUCUUUGAGGGUACUCAUAUUCUCCGCGAGGUGAGGAUGGCAAAUGAAUGUGGAACGAUUCUCUCAGUGGUGGAUAGUCGGAUGGGACAAAGUUCGCCAGAUAAAGUGACCAAGUUGGCGGAGUUGGCGUUAUGGUGUUGUGAGGAUAGACCAGAGACGAGACCAUUGAUGUCAAAAGUGGUCAAGGAACUCGAAAGUAUUUGCCAAUCUGUGCGAGAAACCGAUAUGUUCUCAGAAACAACGACAUUACUCUACGCCAAAACAUCAUCGUCAUCAUCUCCUGUACCCUCGCCUUUGUCUUUACUUCCUGGAAGUGACUUGGACAGUGGCUUCUUCCAAGCUGUAAAACCACGUUGACAUUAUCUUUGUUGCGUGUUAGGGUAAAUUGAUGUUAGUGCAAGCCCCCACGAGACAAAUGAGAGUUGUGUUACAU